AUAUCAAGUCACUCCAAGAAGCCAUGGGAGUUGUCUUUGGGGGUCGCGUUAUCCUUUCCAUUUUAAAUUCCUUUGUCGCUUGUCUCAAUCAUCUUCACUUCUCUCUCUCUCUCUCUACUCCACUGUACUCGCUUACCAUUCUUUCUUCCAUUUUGAUCGCUUAUCUCCUCUGAUUCUCGUACAGAUCGCGUUCCAAAUGAUGCUCUAACCGAUCUUUUCUAGCUAAGAAUUGUUAGGGAUCCAACUGGAACUGGACUUUCGUGUAGAGAAAAUAGGGCGAGAAACCGUUUACUUAUGGCUGCCCUGCAUAAUAGAAUGUCGCCGACGAACAUGAACACUAGCACGGAUUCAAACAGUUACGUCCAGUCGAAUUCAAGAGUUGAUGCGACAGUUACCGAUCAGUUUCCGGCUGGUUUAAAGGUCCUUGUGGUUGAUGAUGACAUUACUUGCCUCAGAAUUUUGGAGCAAAAGCUUCGAAGAUGCAAAUAUCAAGCUUUUACCUGCUCGAAGGCUACUGAAGCAUUAGAUCUUUUACGGGAAAGGAAAGGCUUUUUCGAUAUGGUAUUAAGUGACGUCCAUAUGCCUGACAUGGAUGGGUUUAAACUUCUAGAACUUGUUGGAUUGGAAAUGGAUCUUCCAGUAAUUAUGAUGUCAGCUGAUGGAAGAACAAAUACAGUAAUGAGGGGAGUAAGACAUGGUGCUUGUGAUUAUUUAAUUAAGCCAAUACGAGAAGAAGAGUUGAUGAAUCUAUGGCAGCAUGUUGUGAGGAAAAAGUGGAAUGGAAAUAAUAAAGAACAUGAUAACUCUUGUAGCUUGGACGAAAAUGACAAGCAUAAACGAGGAGGAAGCGAUGGCGAUUCGUCUAAUAAUGAAGUUGUGGAAGGGUGGGUUGAAAAGACACAAAAGAAGAAGAGGAGAGAUCGAGGAGAAGAAGAAGAUGAUGAUGAUAAUAAUAAUAAUAAUAAUGGUGAUGAAGGUGAAAUGGACAAUGACGAUCCAUCUAUGUCAAAGAAGCCGCGUGUUGUGUGGUCAGUGGAGCUUCAUCAACAAUUUGUCAGCGCAGUAAAUCAACUUGGCAUUGAUAAAGCUGUCCCGAAAAGAAUACUUGAAUUGAUGAAUGUUCCUGGUUUAACUAGAGAGAAUGUUGCGAGUCAUUUGCAGAAAUUCAGAUUAUAUUUGAAGCGGUUAAGUGGAGUAACUCAACAAGGUGUUAUUCCUAAUAGUCUACCAUACUGCGGGGCUCUAGAACAACAACAACGGAAUACAAGAAGAAUAGGGUUUGAUAUUCCUCCUCAAACACUGGCGGCUCUCCAAUCCGAGCUCUUAGGUCAUCAUUCAUCUGGGGGAAUACUCUUUAAUGAUUAUCAUCAUCAUCAUCGCCAAGUUGCAUAUGGUCAGCCGUUGAUUCAAACAGGAUACGGAUAUUACGAGCAACAACAGAAACCACCACCACAACCACCAAUGAUAAUGAAUGUGCCGCCUUCUUGCUUGGUUAUACCCCCUCAAUCAAAAUCAAAUUCAUUAAUCGAUAUGGAUAUUAAACCUGCCACUGCUAUAAAUAUUGGUUUUGUCGGUAAAGGGACCUGUUCUAUUCCAAAAAGAUUUGCAAUAGAUGAACUCGACUCACCACCCAACAACAACAACAACAACAAAGUAAAGGAAGAGCCAAACGCGGGUAUUCCAAUUUCUCAACAUUAUCUCUCGCCCUCGAAUGAUCUCAUGGGCGUGUUCUCCAAAUAAGAUGAAUCAGAAGAACUUUCGCGGUUUGCUGCUAAUGGCGGAAGGACAAAAUUGAGGUAAAAAAACUGGCCAAUUAUUACCUCUUAGUUACUUCUUAGAUAGUCUUUGGUUAAAAAUAAAUGAAUUGGUUCUUCUAGAAUUAGGAUAUAGCCCAUAAAUCAUAAUAUUGUGUAGCUAUGAUAUGUUAAAAAUGAUCAUUUAUUCAAAAAUAUACCCAGUUUGGGGGAAAUUAUUGAAUAAUAAUUAGAAUUUUAAGAAUGUAAUUAAUUAUGAUGUCUUACUCAUGUAUAUAUGGAUGACUAUGAAUCAUGUUUGGAAAUGAAACUUAGGUAUAAUGUUUAUUGUUUUUGAAUGUGACCAA